AAGAUGUUACUGCAUAGGAGAAGGAAAACUUCAAGAGUGAUCAAAAUGGCUCAUCAAGGUUGGAAGGGCAGCUCAAGGUCCUGCAAGUUCUCUGAGUGCCAAGCAUUGAAUUAUGAGCUGGAGUGCCACCAGUGCACCAUGAAGAUUGACUUCACUUUUGCCCUCCCAAGGAUUGCAUACUUUAUGAAUUCACUUUCUCUUCCAUCUUACUGCCACCUCCUUCAACACUGUCAUCACUUCUAGGAAACCAGAAUCAGAGGCUUCGGUUUCAUCUCUACCUUUCCUCUCUCCCAGGAACAACCAGUGUCACCUUUGUGUUCUACCAAAACAAACUACUGUGGGUUAUUUUGCCCUUCAAAAAGUACACCAGCUGAAGAAGUCACUUCGUAUACCCUGUACAUCUGAGAUAAAGGCCUCUGGAUCCUAAAGGAUAAUUGAGAUUUUUGCUUGGAGAGGAGGCAUUUCUUCUUGGUCACGUGCCCUUGCUAUUUCUCUUUCCAUCUGCUCUCCCUCCCUCUGUCAAUUUGUGCUCUCCUCUUCCUGUUGGAUUUAACAGAUUCAGGGCUGACUGCUGGAGUUGUCCUCCCAGUAGUGUGGCUUUUGUUUUUCUCCCAGUGAAGAGCAGAUUCUUGAAACAAUGGGCUUCACUCUGCACUCUGUCUACUUCACUUUGAAGGUGAGUUUGCUGCUGGGCUCCUUGCUGGGUCUCUCUUUGGGUCUGGAGUUCAUGGGCAUCCCCAACCAGUGGGCCCGCUACCUCCGCUGGGAUGCCAGCGCUAGAAGUGAACUCAGCUUCCAGUUCAAGACCAAUGUCUCUGCUGGGCUGCUUCUCUACUUUGAUGAUGGUGGUGUCUGUGACUUCCUCUGUCUGUCUCUUGUCGAUGGGCGCAUCCAGCUCCAGUUCAGUGUGGACUGUGCAGAGACUACAGUUAUCACAGAUAAGCAGGUCAACGACAGCAACUGGCACUUCCUGAUGGUCAGCCGCAAUCACCUUCGGACAGUGCUAGUGCUGGAUGGUGAAGCCAAACCAGGUGAGGUGCGUCCACAACGCCAGUAUAUGAAUAUCGUCAGUGACCUUUUUGUGGGUGGAGUCCCUUUGGACAUCCGUCCUGCCGCCUUGACCCUUGAUGGUGUUCUGAGUGAGCCUCCAUUUCAAGGAUUUAUUCUGGAUCUGAAAUAUGGCAACUCUGAGCCGCAGCUCCUGGGCAGUCAAGGAGUCCGACUGGAAAUGGAAGGGCUCUGUGCAGAAAACCCGUGUGAAAAUGGUGGCACUUGCUUUCUCCUGGAUGGUGAGCCACACUGUGACUGCUCAGCUACUGGGUAUGCUGGCAAGCUGUGUUCUGAAGCGCGAGAUGAGAACAUGGCCACUUUCCGUGGUUCUGAAUACCUUUGCUAUGACCUGUCUCAAAACCCCAUCCAGAGCAGCAGCGAUGAGAUCACUCUCUCCUUCAAGACAUGGCAACGCAACGGGCUCAUUCUGCACACCGGCAAGUCUGCUGAUUAUGUCAACCUGGCCCUGAAAGAUGGUGCCGUCUCGCUGGUCAUUAACCUGGGGUCUGGGGCCUUCGAGGCCAUUGUGGAGCCUGUCAAUGGCAAAUUCAAUGACAACGCAUGGCAUGACGUUAAGGUGACGCGCAACUUGCGGCAGGUGACCAUCUCUGUGGAUGGCAUCCUUACCACCACGGGCUACACACAGGAGGACUACACCAUGCUGGGCUCAGAUGACUUCUUCUAUGUGGGAGGGAGCCCCAGUACUGCUGAUUUACCUGGCUCUCCUGUAAGCAACAACUUCAUGGGCUGCCUCAAAGAGGUUGUUUAUAAGAAUAAUGACAUUCGUCUGGAGCUGUCUCGCUUGGCACAAAUCGGUGAUACUAAGAUGAAGAUCUAUGGAGAAGUGAAAUUUGUAUGUGAGAAUGUGGCUACACUGGACCCCAUCAGCUUUGAGACACCUGAAGCAUAUAUUAGUUUGCCCAAAUGGAACACCAAAAGGAUGGGCUCCAUCUCAUUUGAUUUCCGAACCACCGAACCCAAUGGGCUAAUACUUUUCACCCAUGGCAAGCCUCAGGAGAGGAAAGAUGCUAGGAGCCAGAAAAAUACAAAGGUAGACUUCUUUGCAGUUGAACUUCUAGAUGGGAACCUCUACUUGUUGCUGGACAUGGGCUCUGGGACCAUUAAAGUCAAAGCCACGCAGAAGAAAGCCAAUGAUGGGGAGUGGUAUCAUGUGGAUAUUCAACGAGAUGGAAGAUCAGGCACUAUAUCAGUGAAUAGCAGACGCACCCCAUUCACUGCUAGUGGAGAGAGUGAGAUCCUAGAUCUGGAAGGUGACAUGUACCUGGGUGGGCUGCCGGAGAACCGGGCAGGACUCAUCCUUCCCACUGAGCUCUGGACAGCAAUGCUGAACUAUGGCUAUGUUGGCUGUAUCCGAGACUUGUUCAUCGAUGGGCGAAGCAAGAACAUCCGGCAGCUGGCAGAGGCACAGAAUGCAGCAGGCGUCAAGUCCUCCUGCUCCCGCCUGAGUACCAAGCAAUGUGACAGCUACCCGUGUAAGAAUAACGCAGUCUGCAAGGAUGGCUGGAACCGCUUCAUUUGUGACUGCACUGGCACUGGCUAUUGGGGGAGAACAUGUGAGCGAGAGGCCUCUAUCUUGAGCUAUGAUGGCAGCAUGUACAUGAAGAUCAUCAUGCCUAUGGUCAUGCAUACUGAAGCAGAAGAUGUAUCCUUCCGUUUCAUGUCCCAGCGUGCCUAUGGGCUGUUGAUGGCAACCACCUCACGAGAUUCUGCUGACACUCUGCGCCUGGAGCUGGAUGGAGGCCGUGUCAAACUUAUGGUCAACUUAGACUGUAUCAGGAUAAACUGUAACGCCAGCAAGGGACCUGAAACUCUUUAUGCGGGGCAGAAACUCAAUGACAAUGAGUGGCACACUGUUCGGGUUGUUCGACGUGGAAAGAGCCUCAAACUAAUGGUGGAUGAUGAUGUUGCUGAGGGCACAAUGGUUGGUGAUCAUACCCGCUUGGAGUUCCAUAACAUUGAGACAGGGAUCAUGACAGAGAAACGUUACAUUUCUGUCAUCCCUUCCAGCUUUAUUGGUCACCUUCAGAGCCUCAUGUUCAAUGGGAUGCUCUACAUUGACCUGUGCAAGAAUGGUGAUAUUGACUAUUGUGAACUGAAGGCACGCUUUGGUCUCCGCAACAUUAUAGCUGACCCUGUGACAUUCAAGACUAAGAGCAGCUACCUGAGUCUGGCCACCUUGCAGGCUUAUACAUCCAUGCACCUCUUCUUUCAGUUCAAGACCACUUCAGCUGAUGGUUUCAUCCUCUUUAACAGUGGCGAUGGCAAUGACUUUAUUGCAGUUGAACUAGUCAAGGGCUAUAUACACUAUGUGUUUGACCUUGGGAAUGGACCCAAUGUUAUUAAAGGCAACAGUGACCGUCCUCUUAAUGACAACCAGUGGCACAAUGUUGUCAUCACCAGAGAUAACAGUAACACACACAGUCUAAAGGUGGACACUAAGAUGGUCACUCAAGUUAUCAAUGGUGCCAAAAAUCUGGAUCUUAAAGGUGAUCUCUACAUUGCUGGUCUAGCUCAAGGCAUGUACAGCAACCUCCCAAAGCUGGUGGCCUCACGUGAUGGAUUUCAGGGCUGUCUAGCAUCGGUGGACUUGAAUGGGCGUCUGCCUGAUCUAAUCAAUGACGCUCUGCACCGCAGUGGGCAGAUUGAGCGUGGAUGUGAAGGACCAAGCACUACCUGCCAGGAAGAUUCCUGUGCAAAUCAGGGUAUCUGUAAUCAGCAGUGGGAAGGCUUCACCUGUGAUUGCUCCAUGACUUCGUAUUCUGGGAGCCAGUGUAAUGACCCUGGUGCCACGUACAUAUUUGGGAAGAGUGGAGGCCUCAUCUUGUACACCUGGCCAGCUAAUGACAGACCAAGCACAAGGACAGACCGUCUUGCUGUGGGCUUCAGCACAACAGUGAAGGAUGGCAUUCUUGUACGAAUUGACAGUGCCCCUGGACUUGGUGAUUUUCUACAACUGCACAUAGAGCAAGGCAAGAUUGGUGUAGUCUUCAACAUUGGCACAGUGGAUAUCUCUAUUAAAGAGGAAAGCACACCUGUGAACGAUGGCAAGUACCACGUGGUGCGCUUUACCAGGAAUGGCGGCAAUGCUACGCUUCAAGUUGACAGCUGGCCAGUGAAUGAACACUACCCAACAGGCAACACUGAUAGUGAACGGUUCCAAAUGGUAAAACAGAAAAUCCCCUUCAAAUAUAACCGGCCUGUAGAGGAGUGGCUGCAGGAAAAAGAUGAUGCAACACCGCAUCACCACUUGACUUCGAGACCUGCCACGACGACCACCAAAAUUGGACGACAGUUAACGAUCUUCAACACCCAGGCGCAAAUAGCCAUAGGAGGAAAAGACAGAGGGCGUCUCUUCCAAGGCCAACUCUCCGGUCUCUAUUACAAUGGCUUGAAAGUGCUGAACAUGGCAGCAGAGAACAACCCAAACAUUAAAAUCAAUGGAAGUGUCCGACUUGUUGGGGAGGUCCCUUCCAUCUUGGGAACAACACCCACAACCUCCGUGCCACCAGAAAUGUCUACUACAGUCAUGGAAACCACAACUACAAUGGCCACUACUACAACCCGAAAAAAUCGUUCACCACCUAGCAUCCAGACAACAGAUGACAUUGUUUCAUCCGCUGAAUGUUCUAGCGAUGAUGAAGACUUCAUUGACUGUGAACCCAGUACAGGAGGUGAAUUAGUUAUUCCUCUACUUGUAGAAGACCCUUUAGAUAUCCCUCCUAUUGCUACUCGUGCACCUUUCAUUACACUUCCCCCUACCUUUCGCCCCCUCCUCACCAUUAUUGAGACCACCAAAGAUUCCCUGUCCAUGACCUCUGAGGCGGGGUUACCUUGCUUGUCGGACCAAGGCAGCGAUGGUUGUGAUGAUGAUGGCUUGGUGAUAUCUGGGUAUGGCUCAGGGGAAACCUUUGACUCUAACCUACCCCCUACUGAUGAUGAAGAUUUUUACACCACCUUCUCCUUGGUAACAGAUAAGAGUCUUUCCACUUCAAUCUUCGAAGGUGGCUACAAAGCACACGCACCCAAGUGGGAAUCCAAGGACUUUAGACCUAACAAAGUCUCCGAAACUGGUAGGACUACUACCACGUCUUUGUCCCCUGAGCUGAUCCGCUCCACAGCUUCGUCCUCGACUGGGAUGGUACCCAAAUUGCCAGCCGGCAAAAUGAAUAACCGUGAGCUCAAACCCCAGCCUGACAUAGUCUUGCUUCCGUUGCCCACUGCCUAUGAGCUAGACAGCACAAAGCUGAAGAGCCCGCUAAUCACUUCCCCCAUGUUCCGUAAUGUGCCCACAGCAAACCCCACGGAGCCAGGAAUCAGACGGGUUCCGGGGGCCUCAGAGGUGGUCCGCGAGUCGAGCAGCACAACGGGGAUGGUCGUCGGCAUUGUGGCUGCUGCCGCCCUCUGCAUCCUCAUCCUCCUGUACGCCAUGUACAAGUACAGGAACAGGGACGAGGGGUCCUAUCAGGUGGACGAGACGCGAAACUACAUCAGCAACUCAGCCCAGAGCAACGGCACGCUCAUGAAGGAGAAGCAGCAGAGCUCAAAGAGUGGCCACAAGAAACAGAAAAACAAGGACAAAGAGUAUUAUGUGUAAAAAAGAAUACUUAUUUAUAUAUAAAUAUAUAAAUACUUAAUGAGAUUUAACUAUCAGAACCAUUGCAGUGAACGAGAUUAGGACAUAUCGUUUGUGGGAAAAAGUAUUGGGAAAAAAAAAUAUCAGCAGUGACUGUUAAUGUCUCAGUCAUCACUUGGAGUCAGCAAACUCUGCCCUAAUGUAUUAUAAAGCACACUUAGCGUUCUGGAGAUGGCGCAUACAGCUCUGCCCUGUUAGUGAACUUGGAUGUCUCCAAAUCUCCUCCUCCGCUGAACUUUCUGCAAAAGUAGAAGACUUCAUGGCUUACUUGUUUCAUAUCUCCAAGUGAGUCUUUAACAAUGUUCGUGAUUCCUGACUGUAUCAAUAAUUUUUCAGUUUACUUAUUUAAAAAAAAAAAAAAGGAAAGAAAAGAAAAAGAAAAAAAAUGCAAACAUUAUUAAACAACAAAAAAAUACCAAACAAACUGAUCUGGCUGUGUCCAGCACACAUAAUUUUUUGAGAUUGGAGGAGGGGAAUAAAUGAUUUUGGAGAUUGUUGGAUUUUGGUUUGGUUUGGUUUCUUGGGUUGUUUUAUUUUUGAUUUUGUUUACUUUCGGGUGUGGGAGGAAAGGGUGGAGAGGAAUGUUGUGGGGGUGGGGAGCAUGAACCAGGGAUAUGUGUUGAGAAGAAAUCUCGGAAAAGAAAAAAUCCAUAAUAAAUAAAGAGAGACUAUUGCCAUAUAUGAACUUAAAAGCUACUCAUGGUGUUUACUCUGCAUAUCUGGUUGUGUUGUCUCUAGAAACCGUCGUCUUGCAGUAAGUUAUUUGCUAACAAUGCAGUGAAAGUGUGUGAUGGGUGCUGAUGAAGAAAAUUAUCAUGGAAAGCUGGUCCCCUUGGAUCUGCCUCCAGGAUUUGCAAAUGAACUGAAGAAUAGAUGGGUUUGGGUCUGUUCUGAUCAGAAUUAUUAGCAUUAUUUGAGAACAUCACUUAGUAUGCAUUAGCACAGCCAAACUAUGGUUAAGAAGAUUUGAAGAUUCAAAAAAAGAAUGCUUAAGAAACAGUCACUCUGAGCUAAAUAUACCAUGCAAAAAUAAAGGAGCCUUUUUCCGGGUUCUGGUUCUGUGACUGAUUGCAACGCAUGCAAAAAAAAUAAUAAAUCAGUCUAAUAAAGAGAUCAGAAAGAGACCACUGGAGUUCAACUUGUGAUAAGACCCAUAAAGUGUAUGAAAAGUUAAACACUUGUAAAAGAAUGCAAAAAUGUAUAGUGUUUUUUUUUUUUGACAUGAAACUGUUUUUUCAUAUGUAAUAUUUUAAUUUUGUAGCUUGACAUUUCAGAUCAUCUCUGUCUUUCCAUUUGCCCUAUUCUCUCUUUUCCUUCUCUUUUAUAUAAAAGAAAAUAAAGCUGCUGUGACACACAAAAUAAUAAAGAAAAAGGAAUUUAAUAAUAUUAUAUAUAUAUGCACACAGAUAUAUUUAUCAUGGUAUGUUUGAUGGGACGACUGGAACAGAAGUUCUGUUAUGGUCUUAAUGUGGAACGAGAAUGUUCUUGAAGAACAAAGUAAAAAGAAACAGAAAACAAAAGCAAACCAUAAAAUGUGAAGAAAGCGUGUGUUUUAGCUUUGUCACAGUUACCUGUGUCAAGAAAAAAAAUUCUGAAAGUUUGUUUACAUAUUUUACUACUAUUUUUUUUGCUAGUAUAAUUUCUAUAUGAAUAUCCUGAAGGUGUAUAUACUGUUUUAUGGUUAAAUUGGGAAUGUCUUUUGUUUUUAACUGAUUUAAUUUGGUUGUUUGGUUUCUACAUUUUCCCAGUUACUGUGAAACGGAUUAUCUUACUGUAUAGAAAAAUAGCCAGGUGGUUUGAUGGCCAUGCCUGUCAUGUGGGGAAAAAAAAGCAAAUGAGGGAGAAAGAGAGACAGAGAGGAAACCAACAAAAAACAAGAGGGAUUGAGAACUCUGGAAUAUCAGAAAUGUACACUUUUUCUGUAUACAGAUGAAAACUAAUCAGCUGCUUAGGUCUAGAAAUCUACUCUUGCUGGUGUUUAUAAGUCGCAUGAAUAUUUGACUUUGAAGAAGUGUCAUCAAAUACACACACGCACGUGGGAACUUAAAUUCAAACAAACAGGUUUCUCAAACACUUAGAGAAGCCGCUUUCAUGUUAACAAAUAUUUUCAGUGUGUACGUGUGUGUGGUGCGUGUGUGAGAGGUUGAGCUUUUUUUUCCUUUUUUAUUUUUUAUACUAAAAAGAAAAAAAGACAGGUUUUAAAAAGGUAUGAAAGCACGAUUUUAGAUGAUUUAACUGGCCAAAACUAUAUAGAGUUGAUUAUAUCUUGAUGUCUGUAAAAGAUUGCUGUUCUUGGAGUCUUGGAGUCUUGUGAAAUGAUUUCCUUUCUACCCUUCCUUUUUGCUUUCCUUUUUUAAGUUAGCAGGAAAAAAACAAUUACACUUUCCUUUUUUUGUGUAAGUUUCUAUUGGACGGUUUUGGGGAACAUGUGCAUUUCUGUAUGUGGGCUUCUACCAUAUCCCUGUUGCUUUAUGGACGAUCUUAAGAAUUUUUAUUUGAGUUAUUGUGAUGUUAUUGCUUUUUUCAUCGUUCUUUUUCUUCUUCCUUUUUUGAUUCUUUUUCUUUUCUUAUUUGCAUUUUGUUUAAAGAUAUGCUUAGCAAUAAAAUGUUCUUCCCAAAGCCCUGGAUGUUGCCGGUUUUUUAUUUCCAAAAGACUUAAGGGAAGUUCUAACCCUUUAAAUAUGAAAAUCAUUCUCUAAUGCAAGUAUCCCACACGAUAUCUAGUCAUCACUAGAUUACAAAAUCAUGUUUGUUAUUCUGUCUUUAGUCCAAUGAAUCUUAAUUCUUUCCUUUGCAAGGCAUAAAUUCAACUUGAGAGUAGAGUCUACUUCAUACCACUCUCUAUCAUCACCACAGUGGGUAGAAGAGUAGUUCUCUGGUUUCUUUUUUUUUUUUUUCUUUUUUUGCUGCAAUGCUUGCAUGGGUGAGAAUAUUCAUGUAUAUGUAUUUUUCAUUUAACUAUAUUCAGUUCUUUUGUGAAUCAUGUUUUAACACCUUAUAGAUCCCUCACAAGGCUCUAAACCAGAAGUUCCUGUCUAAACUUCUCUUCGCAUUUGUCCCUCUCCUAAAAUCAUGACAUUCCUUAGUGAUGACUGGUAUCUAACAUUCCCAGUACUGUAACAGUCAUUUGGCAUGAGAAAGAUCUAGGUCUGGAUGUAACAACAAUCUCUUCUCAAAUGUUCUAAAAAAAAAAAAAAAAAAGAUAUCUUUGCCUCAGUGCUUUUCUUCAAACCUGUUGUACUUCACACGAUUAUAAAAUGUUACGUGAAGCAAGAAAUUUCAGCCUGAAGUACCCUAACCCUGGGACUACAGCCACUCCUUUUGAUUUUCUCUAAUGAAAUAUCACGUAAUGAACAUUUUGUUACUUGGGCUAAGUGAAAGUAUCAGAAAGGAGGCUUCAUUUUUGCAUAAAAGGUGUAUGCUUAUUGUGCAGUUUUGGCUGAUCACAAAAUCUCAGAGUUGUUGAGGAUGAAAGGGACUUCUGGAGAUCAUCUACUGCAGGCUCUACCUCUCCAAAUCUGAGCCAGCUUUGGAGACCUCAGGGACCAUGUCCAGUUAUGCUUUUAAUAUCCCCACAGAUUACAUAACCUCUUCGGGCAGCCCUCAUAGUAAGCAAGCUUUUUUGUUGUGUUCAGAUGAGAUGUGUUUUGAUGCACACCAUUUCUUCUUGUUCUUUUUCUGAGCACCACAGAAAAGAGCUUGUUUUAGUCUUCUUUCUAUCUGCAAUUUAUACACUAUUUAUAACAGUCCCCUCCCUGAACAUUCUCUUCUCCAGGCUGAACAGCUCUAUCGGCAUCUUCUUGUACAACAGAUGCUCCAACUCCUUCUCCAUCUUUCUGGCCCUUUGUUGGACUUGCUCCAAUUUCUGUAAGAUUUGGAGUAGACACAAUUACCAUACCAUGAUCUCUCAGCUAGGAAUAUAGCUCUUUUUUCAAGGACCAAGGCUUGGCAGAUGCUUCUCUCAGCAUUUUUCUACAGGUAAGCAACAUCUCACUUUUUGAUGAUCCCUGUAUGAGAUACAUAGUCUAGUCUUCCUGAAACUGUUCAGCACAUCACAGAAACUGUUCUGCUUAUUGCAGAGGUUCUUCACAACCUCCCAAGGCCAAAUGCUAAAACACUUUGUGAAGAUCUGAGCACAGACACGCUCCAUCCUUCCCAGUUCUAGUGUUACAGGAAAGGAAUAAUGAGUAAUCUUCGUAGCUGGUUCAUUUUCCAGGUACUUCUGUUCCUGUCUACACACUGGGAUAGAAGGGCAGAGAGGCUACUCUUCUCUACAGUUGCUUUGGGUGGCUGGUUUUACUUCCCAAGAAAUGAGAAAAUAGUCUUCAGAGAGUUUAGUCACAACAAUUAAAAAAUAAACAUAUCUGCUCCUAAAUUCAGUCACUGGGUGUUGCUAACUCCUAGCAAAGGCAAAGGCACAUUAAUUAUAAUUAAUGGAUGUGACUCAACACUUAAAGCUGAAGGUAGGCAUAUAUUUUAAAUUAAACACACACUUUUUAAAGCUAUCACUGUGAAGGGAACCUCCAGGAUCACAAAGUCUAGUCAUAUGUCCUGUGAGUAUGUACAGAUAGAUAGAAUCAUUAAAGUUGGAAAAGACCACUAGGAUCAUCUAAGUCCAACCACUGACCCAUUACAAUGCUGGCUAAAUCAUGUCUCUAAGUACCACAUUCACAUUUCUUGAAAAUCUCUAGGGACAGUGACUUCUCCACUUCCCUGGGCAGCCUGUUCUGUGUAGCUGUUGCUAUUCUAUGACACCAAGUCUCUAGAUGCCAAGGUUGGUAGAAGAUAAUACUUUAUGGAUGAACAAACCACUGCCUCACAUUCAAGCUAAGGCAGUGAGAGGGAAAGGUAACAGGCUUGCUUCCAGCUCUCAGCAUCACUCUGGGGAGACCAGAGACACUCCCAAGAGAAGAAAGACUAUUGCCUGGAUGGGUUCUGAGAAGAAAUUUGCCAUAAUUGCAAUGAAAUAAUUUCAACUACAGCUAUCAUUAUAAAUGUAAGAGGUUGGAGUGGGAGGUCUUGCCUAAGUCUUACUGGAAAACUUUCACCAGUGAGGACUAUCAACAUUUGUUGGGUCAUUUAAGAAACAAAUUAAAACUUAUCUAACUUCAUGGAACACUAUGUCAGAUUGUUUGUUUCAUCUCAUUCUAGUUUCUCCUCAGAUCAUGCACAUUGCAAUAUUUUCUGUCUCCAAAUGUUUCUGAUAACCUGUGUUCUCUGGAGGGCCUGUUCACAUCGUGUUUCACUGACUUACAGAUACGGUGCCAUUCAAACAUAAAUUUUCAGUAAACAUUUUAGUCUACGGGGAAUUGAUGUUUAUAGUUUGUUCACAUGGAUAGAGAGAAGACCAGAGCGUGCACUCACAAGAGAUCAUGUUGGACUGCAUACACCUGAAAAAGGGCUUAAAGGUAUUUAAGUGGAAAAUUCUUACUGAAAACAGGGAAAAUCAGCUACACAAAUACCUGUAAAAAUUGAAGUCAUGUCACUGUAACGGUCACAGAAUGUCAAACAACUAGUGUUAAUUGAAUUGCUUGGGCUUUUACUGUAUGAAAUAAUACAGGCAAGUGGUGGACAAGAUCCCUGUAAACAUAUGGUUUACAGUAUUACCUGCCACCAGAGCAGGAGCCAAAUUCAGAGGGCUCAAAUUCAGAGGCCUGCUAUAAAUUACCUGAAGAAGUCCACUUCAACACACUAGCAGAGAACUGUAUGAGCAUGUUAUUUGCUUAAAUUCAUUUGAAACUGCAUGAUACGGAACCAGCAGAAACGCAAACCGUGCCACCAGGCACAACUUUUGUCAACCACUCCACGUGUCUCUUGUCCAUCUGUUCACAGAAGACAACAAAGAAGCAACUUCAACAUGGUGACAAGCAGCUGGGAAAAAUUUAAACAUGCUUUCUUCAGUGAUUUGUAAGCGAGGCACCAUGCCUAACAGCACUGGCUGGAGCACAGAGAAAAUUAAACUCACUGGAAAAGAUAUUUAAUAAAAUAUCAAUAUAUUUAAUAAUCCUGCCAAAGACUUCAGAACACUAUGAAAAAAAUUACUUGCAUUUCAAGAGUAGUUACAUAAAGUGUUAAAAUACUGGAUCACAAAAUGAGACUGAAUUAUAUAAUGAAAACAACAGUGGAAAGGGGAGAAUUGAAGGUUCUGAAAACCAUCAGUAAUUAUAUCAAAAUGAUUUCCUCAGUUCAGAUAGUACUUCACAGUUCUCAGUCUUACAGUUUGGCAGAGUAAUGUGCAGCCAGAGUAAGCAAGUGGUAGUAACAAGAAAUCUUUAGUAAAGGGAUAGAAAGUGGGAGGAUCAUACACAGAGUAUGAGGAACUCCAUUCUGAGGAACAAUUUCCAAGAGCUAUUUGUAAGAGCAAAUGGAAAGGUAGACACAGCACCCACACGCAGCAUGCAGUCAUGCACAUACUAAAGCACCUGGUGAAGACUGGGAUUUUGGUUUCAUAGAAUGGCUUGGAAGGAACCUCAAUGAUCAGCUAGUUCCAACCCCCCUGCUGUAUGCAGGGUUACCAACCACUGAAUCACGCACUAGAUCAGGCUGCCCAGUGCCCCAUCCAACAUGGCCUUGAGGUCUCCAAGGAUGGGGUAUCCACAGCUUCUCCGGGCAACUUGUUCCAGUGCCUCACCACCCUCUGAGUAAAAAAUUUUCCCUUAACAUCUCAUUCAAGUCUUCCCUCUUAGUUCAAAAUAAUCCCCCUGUCCUAUCACUAUUGUGUAAAAAGUCAGUUUCGCUCCUGAUCCUAAGUAUUGGAAGGCCACAGUGAGGUCUUCCCAGAGCCUUCUCUUUUCCAGGCUGAACAAGCCCAGCCCCCUCAGCCUGUCUUCACAGAAGUGGUGUUCCAGCCCUCUGAUCAUCUUUGUGGCCCUUCAAAGGACCCACACCAACUGCUCCAUGAUUUUUUUUUUUAUGCUGGGGGCCCCAGAACUGGACACAGAACUCCAGAUGGGGUAUCACAAGGGCAGAGCAGAAGGGGACAACCACCUCCCUGCUGGCUGCUCCUCUUUUGUUGCAACCCAGGAUACAGCUGGCCGCCUGGGCUGCACACUGCUGGCUCCUGUUUCCAAAGCCAAGAAAGUAAAAGAAGAGAAGUGUGAGCAAUACUACUGUUUGUGUAAUUCAAAUCAAGCCCUCUUUGUCCAUCUGUAUUAUAGAGUAGAGUUUACUUGCAUCGUUGUUUUCACCCAGAAUCCCAACCUCACCUAGGCAUAAAGAGCAGGACUCUUCCAGUUGGUCUAUUUGCACUAAGUAUUUGAUCCCCAACACUUCUGCUGCAUCAUGUAAUGCUUGAUGGUUUAUUUAGUCUUGACUGUUUGCAGAUUCACAGACAUUAAUUUACAUCUAUAGUUACCUCGUGAGUUGUUGCUUGUAUCUCCUGUGUGUAAGGGUGGAAAAUAAAGAGUCUUGCCUGGGGUUAUAUCCAUGGUUGUAAUAAGAUUAGCCCUCAAAGCUUCCAGACUCCUGCUCUCUUUACUCAUGCCUCUAAAGUACACUGGCUGUGGUGCUGCCAGAGGUAGAAUACAUCCAGUCCUCACAUUAACUUUAUCUUCUCUAAACAAAGACCUGGCUGUCAGUUUUCAAAGACUUAGAGCAUAUAAAAGAAAUGCAGGAACUUCUAAAAAGACAAUAAACCCUUUUCAAACUAAGAAUGAACCAUUUUAGAAUGGAAAGUAUUGGGUUAUCAACUGCUUAUUAAAAAUGCCAACUUAUUUUUAGAUAUACACACUGGUAAAGCCAUAUGUGUAUGAAUUCAUUUGAAUACUCAAAGCAGCUUCUACCAAAAUUCUAUAUUGGCUGCAAAUUCCUGCAGAAAAUCACUGCUUCAAAAUGUAAUAUUUUGCUACAAACAAGUUUUAUAGCAAUUAUGAUAACAUCAAUGCCAAGACAAUAUUAUUACAUCUAAUUAUAGGAAUUAAGACUACGCAUCAUACUACAGUUCUUCAAAUCCUGGGUCAAUGGAAGUUGAGGUUGAUUAUCUUUCACAAUCUGCACUGAAGUGCAUAGUGUUGCCAAGAUUCCAGCUAAAAAAGAUCUUGUUAUCUGGAUAAAUUGGGUUAUAGCUAUUACAAGCACUCAGAACCUAAUACUACUUCCUUUGAAGCUGAUGGCAAAAGUUUCCUUAAAGUAAACGGAGCACAUUCUCAUUCCAUAAUCCUCUGAAACUUUUCCUUUUAAAAUGCUGUGGACUUUUUUUUUUUUCCUUUAACUCAUGGUGUUCACUAAUUUUUAAAAAUAUUAGCCACAUUAUGAUCAGGAACAAAAAUCAUGAUGUUGUGCACUGUAAAGAUUUAUUCAGUAACAAGGUAAAUUUUGGAGAGCAGUUUCUACUCCCUAAAACCUUGCUAACACUGUGUCUAGUAAACUGCCAAAGGCCUAGGAUUCUCAGUUCACUUGACAUUUCUGGGCCUCUCAAAAGGACUAAUCUUUAGCGACCACAAUAUCAAGAUUUCUUCUAUAGAAAAAUAUCAGUAAAUAGAUUUAAAAUUCUUAUUUUUAUAGCUGAUAACACUAUGUAUUAUUACUUUCCCAUUCACCUAGUGCCAUUCUUCUCAAACAAUGGAACAAAAUAAACUUUCUGGGUAAAAGCAAACCCAGUCCAUCAGCUAGGCCAUUGCAUUAAACAUACUGGGCUACUGCACUUAACGUACACAUAUAAGGUAAAUACACCAGACAUAAUACUUUACUAUUUAGCACUAUGUUUUGCCAUACAUCUAAAACAAUAACAUAAUAAGUGAAAUAGCCCAGCAAGAAUAAAACAGAGCAAGGUAAUGCACCUAAUCAUUACUGCACAAGAUUAACUAUAGCGAUUAAGAAAUAUACAUCAUCAGUUGAACCAGAUCAUCUUAGAGGUCUUUUGCAACCAUGAUUCUACAAUUCUAUGAUCACCAGUAAACCAGAUUCUACAACACAAGUUCAUUUGCAUUAUUUUAAUGACAUUUAUACAUUAGCAUUUAUGGUAAAGAGUAUUAAAACACCUUCAAGCUACAGACAAUGUAACUGUCUUUUCUAGAAAACACUCAAGAAAAAAAGUGAGGAAAAAUUCAUACUAUGCAACAUCUCAACCCUAUUGUCCACUUAUGGGGGGCAGAAAUUAACUUACAACCCUGAGCUGAGUCAAAGCCUGGUAUCUAAUAGCCAUUCAUCUUACCAGCCAAGAAAGUUUUCACAAGCUAACUGACCAAUGAAUAAAUUUUAUGGAACAAUUUUCAUCUUUAGUCAGGAGAUUUCUGAACUAUAAAUAGUAGUCUCAUUUUCAAUUCUGUCUCACAGUUUAGGCCAGAAGAGUACUAGCAUCAGACCAGAACCAUCAGAUAUUAUGUUCCAGAGAUAGAGACCAGGGUUGGAACUUCUUUAGGCUCAAGGACUGAAAUAAUAGAGUGGCAAAUGCUGGGUUGAAGACUAUCAGAAUAAAAGGAAAAAUCACAGCACCUUGCAUAUGGCUCAGCCUUGAAUAGCAGACAGACUCCAGUACAUCAGUGAUUCUCUUUAACUGAGCCUUUGGUUGAGAGGUGCAAAUAUGAUGUGGUGACGCAACCUGAAGACCAACUAUCUAUUUCUGGAUGUAGGACAUGCUCUUGCUCUCAACCAUCGAAGUGUCAUUCAGUCUUCAGUCAGGGUAACAAAUUAAAUAAGUUUCAGUACUUUACUGACUCUGAAUUUCUGAGCCAUAGCCCAUUGUCUGCAGUGCAGACAACAAUGAAGACAAUGCAGCAAUGAGGAGACAAUAGCCUCAAAAAACAUUCAGCUCAGAGGCAUUUUAAGUGCAGAGGUGUAGAAAUACAUCCUCCCACACAACACAGGCUCACAUAUAUGGCUAAUUAAAAAAUAAAAAUGGAGAGUCUUAUCCCUAGUGAAACAUUAUUGAAGCAGAGGACAUACCACUAGGGAAGCAUCAGCCCAAGCCUUAGUCUAUGGUUUGAUUUUUCUUUUGUCUUGGCCCUUGCUGGCAACAAUAAAAAAUCCAAAUUAAAAGGUUCUUAUUAGUGAAGUAAGGAGCUGGCAGACUGCAGAUGAAGUGCACAUCAGUGUUGAGGAGGAGGAGAGAAGAGUCUGAAACCCUCUAACGUGCAGAAUAAACAUAGAUAUGGGUUUUAUGCUAAGAACAUUUCUGCUUCUGUGCAGUUAUCUCUCACUGCCAGAAUAGCCCUAAGGAUUAAGAUGGUUUAUUGGGAUCAAAUGCCUUGGAGAUUUAUUAUAGUGCUGACUGUUUACUCAUUCGCAUUAAAAUAUAGAACUAUGCUUACAUCCCUGUAUGUGCAUCUCUCAAUCACAAAUUCUUUCCCAUUCCCUAAACAGGUUAGAUUGGAUUCCCAGUCUAUCCUAUUUUCCAUAUCCAAGAUAAAUCUCCAAAGACAUCUUGCUACGGCUGUGUAGCUGGGCUAUCCCUUUAAAGCUUUGUCAGCAUUAAGAUCUCAGCAUGCGCUGCCAGAGAUUAACACCAAACUUUUGCUAUAGGGUAGUUUAACAGGAAUGGAUAGUGACAAAUGAAUUAGAGACAAAAUGAUCUCAUGGUUAAAAGUAGCUGCGAGUUUGAAGGGAAGGAAAUCCAAUGUCUUGUCCUUUGAACAUAUUUCUACUGCAGGAAUGCCAAAUGUGACUGUGUAGAUAGGAGACUUCUUCAAGUUAUCUGUUGUAUAAAAAUAUGUUCCUCCAACCAAGAGAGUCUGGGGAAGAAUCCUCCUCUCUAAAACAAGAUUAAGUAUUUUUGUUUUUAACUGUUUGUCAACAAAUAAAGUUCCCUUUAAAACAGAGAUGAGUUUCAGUCAUCUUUGCUGGACUCAGUGUCACAAUAAGUAUUAUACUCUUACUGUCCACAUGUUCUCAUGAGCCUAACAGGCACAGUCUAGGAUCCUCCACAACUAAAUACAGAGCCCAAUCUCAUAAGUACGGUUUGAAAACAAGUGAACAGACGCUGUUUUGUCCUAUCCAUCCUGUCACGUCAUGCCACUCGACACCACCAAAAAGAGCUUGGCUCUGUCCUCUUUACAGCCUCACUGCAGGUAUUUGUACUCAUUGCUGGGAUCCCCCUGGGCCUUCUACAGCCUGAACAGUUCCAGCUUGUUCAGCCUUUCCUCAUGUGAAUGAUUCUCUAGUUCCUUAACCAGGUCUUCAUGGCCCUUUGUUGGGCUUUCCUCCAUAGCUCCACACAUCUCUUGUACUGAAGAGGCCAGAACUACACAGAGUACCCCAGGCAUCACCACAUAAGCACUGAGCAGAGAAGGGGAACACUGAGGCCCUUGGAGGAAAAAUGAAGCAGAGUUUGGGCUGUAGAUCCCAGAAUAGCUUGUUUCAGCCUAAAUUCAAGGAGACCAUCUAACAAUGGGAUAGGGAGGUGGUUUGUGAGGGUUGAUUUUUUGGUUGUUUUCAAGUAUGGGCAUUGGACUUGUGAAAGGAUGAAUUGGACAAUGUCCUUGUGACCAAGUGGUGGUUGCAUCUCACAGUCUGGGCCGCAAAGCCCACCAUGCUAUUAGCUCUCACCAGAUUUAAACAACGUAUGCCUCUUGCUCCACACAUAUUAAACUGGGACCCAACCAUUGAACACACAGCAGUCACACAGAGCCUUCCCACCGGCCCAGGCACUGCACUUCCGGGCAUCAGAGGCUAACAAUGCUGCCUUGCAUCAGGAGCCUCUGCGGCCCAGCUCUGCAGUGUGCUGCCCUGAGCUGCGCAGAGGCACUCGGAGCUGCUUAUUUGCAUCAGGAGAUAUAACUGUCCAGUCCAAUUAGGAACAACAUUCUGACUACUGGUUUGUUUACUAAAAUAAGAUGGCAGAAGAGAAGAGGAAGAGCUUCUUGUUUUCCCAGGGCAGACCGUGUGGUCAGGGAGAGGUCUAUAUGCCUUUAGCUUUUAAUUUGUCAUGUAGUCUUCUCUUACAGAACACUUUGAUGAAUAAACAUUUUUCAGGAGGACAGCAGCUCUGCAGAAAUAUUCCCAAACAGCUGCAUGCAAGACUGUCUGAUUUGAUUACACCUAACAACCACACAGAAGGAGCAGUGUUCUGUAGUGUCUUAUGAGGAAACUGGACCCAAGUGCUCUGGUAUUGUUUUCAGCCUUUGAAGAAAACAUCUCCAACCUCUGCCAAAAGCCCAAUUUACUGAAUAAUUUUUUUCUAAGUGUAACUUUGCUGUCAUUGUCUUCUUGGUGCACAUACAAUCAGGAGACUAUAAGCUCUUCACAAAAACUGAAGUCACAAAGUAUGAAUAUAUUUUUUUAACCAAGAAAUAUUCAUGCUUCCCUUGAAACUCACACAAUAGAAAUCUGGCUGAAAAGACAAGUUUGUUAUUAGGCUCCAGAUUUCGGUUUGCAAAUUUGGGCUCAGCCAUAUCAAGAAGUGAUAACAAACAGUAGUAAGGAAGGUCUGCUGUUAGAAAAGGAUUGAUCCACAUAAUUCGGUCCCAGAGAUUAUGGCAUGAAACAUGAGCUACAGGGACAAAUCACAAGGAAUGAAAUCCACUUAAGAAUUUCAAAGUGUUUGAGAAAGGAGGCUGGAGUCAUCACUCAUCUAAUGUGUGGAGAAAUGGGGACAUUUAAAAAAAAAGAGGGGGGGUGGUCACGUAUUCCUGCAGUUAGGUAACAUCAGAAGCAGGACUAGACCUGGAUCCACAGAUUUUGUUCAUGUGCUUUAAUCCUGGAUAAAUAUGCCAUAUCCAUUUUUUAUAAACCUUCAUUAAGCAGAUGCUAUUCCAAAAUUAAUAUGAAGUAGAUGAAUAUAAUUCAGAGGAGGACACAGAUUUAUCAAAAGAGCUGUUCAUUAAAUGUAUACUUUACUUUAGUAUACACAUACCUUUCAUAAUCCUGAACUGAGCAACAAUCUCAUCUUUCCCUACUAUACGAGAGAACAAUUAUUGAGAAAAAGGAUUCAGGAAAUAACUGGUAAUGAAGACAAGUCUUAAAAGUUCCCAAACUUUAGAUAGAUUAUUUAUGAACCAAAAGAUAGCUAAAACUUAUCUCAGUAUUCUUUGACGUGAAUUAUUCAGUCUACUUCAGAACAGUUUUGUUAGGAAUAUGAUGUACUGCAAAUUCUAAGAUAGCCACCAGAUUCACCUGCCAUUUGAUGCCCAUUGUUUUUCAGUGAGAAUGUGGCUGCAAGGAGAUGAUUCAUUGCAAAUUAAACGGCUCAUGUCAUACUCAGCAAAUUAACAGUGCUCAAUACAACAUUAGCUACUUGCAGCCAUUGUGUUACUUUAUUUUAACAUAAAUUGAUAUCCUCUACAUCUUUACACAUCUGGAGGAUCCUAGGGGUCAAUUGUCCUUCCUUUUCUGCAGCCUUAACCCUCAUGGGGAGCGCAGCACUGCCAGAAGGCUUACAAGAGUAGAGCGUGGCAACAUACCACCUCCUGCAGCUGCCCAGGCUGCAGCCAGCGCCACAGGAAAAGCAACUCAGCAAGCCACCCAAAACAGCUCAUUAAUUAGGUAUCUUCCCCUAACUAGUUGCAUAAAAACUAUAAAAUGAUUAAAACAGAUGCUGUAUGCUUUCACAUUAAAUCUUUUCAGGCUGGUUAACAUCACUUUUACAUCAUAAUAUUAAUGGGCCCUAAGAUUUAUUAGAGAUUAACACUACUAAAGCCUUGGAAAGCACAAAAAUGAUUAAAUUAUCAUACAAAACACCGUAGUUAUAACUUUUUUUAAAAGUUGCUUGUUAACAAACUAAUAAAUUAAAACUUCUCACUCAGACAGACCUUGCAUUACUGUUAUUAGCGACACUUAUGAGCAACAACAUUAAGGAGAGAUGUGAAAUUUCUUUUCUUUAGAAAACACUUUUCUGAACAUUUGUCUGACUAUGUGAUUUACAUACACAUUCGUAUACUAUAUCCACUGGUUUGAUAUUUCAUAUCCUUAACAUACUUUAAUCAAUU